CUUUGCUUUGUCGGAUGAAGCGUACAGAUCCCUCCGUGAUCAAGAUAAAGACCAGUGCAUACUCAUUACUGGAGAAAGUGGAGCAGGAAAAACAGAGGCCAGCAAGCUUGUUAUGUCCUAUGUGGCAGCAGUUUGUGGAAAAGGAGCGGAAGUUAAUGAAGUCAAGGAACAGCUUCUGCAGUCCAACCCUGUCCUGGAAGCCUUUGGAAAUGCCAAGACCGUAAGGAAUGACAACUCCUCUAGAUUUGGCAAAUAUAUGGAUAUUGAAUUUGACUUUAAAGGUGAUCCACUGGGAGGAGUGAUAAGUAACUAUCUUUUAGAGAAAUCUCGAGUUGUUAAGCAGCCCAGAGGUGAAAGAAACUUCCACGUGUUCUAUCAGCUGCUCUCCGGAGCCUCUGAGGAGCUGCUCCACAAGCUUAAGCUUGAGCGGGACUUCAGCAGAUACAACUAUCUGAGUCUGGACUCUGCCAAAGUGAAUGGUGUGGAUGAUGCUGCCAACUUCAGAACUGUCAGGAAUGCCAUGCAGAUCGUGGGCUUUAUGGAUCAUGAAACUGAGGCUGUCCUGGAGGUAGUAGCUGCUGUGCUGAAACUGGGGAACAUUGAGUUCAAGCCCGAAUCACGAAUGAAUGGUUUGGAUGAAAGCAAAAUCAAAGAUAAAAAUGAAUUAAAAGAAAUCUGUGAAUUGACCAGCAUUGACCAAUUGGUUCUAGAAAGAGCGUUUAGUUUCCGAACAGUUGAAGCGAAGCAGGAGAAAGUUUCGACCACACUGAAUGUGGCUCAGGCUUAUUAUGCCCGUGAUGCCCUGGCCAAAAACCUCUACAGCAGGCUGUUUUCAUGGUUGGUAAAUCGCAUCAAUGAAAGCAUUAAGGCACAAACCAAAGUGAGAAAGAAGGUCAUGGGUGUUCUGGACAUUUAUGGCUUUGAAAUAUUUGAGGAAAACAGCUUCGAGCAGUUUAUUAUUAAUUAUUGUAAUGAAAAGCUUCAACAAAUCUUCAUCGAACUUACUCUGAAAGAAGAGCAAGAGGAAUACAUACGGGAGGACAUAGAAUGGACUCACAUUGAUUACUUCAACAAUGCUGUCAUUUGUGAGCUAAUAGAAAACAACACGAAUGGAAUCUUGGCCAUGCUGGAUGAAGAGUGCCUGAGGCCUGGCACUGUCACAGAUGACACCUUCCUGGAAAAGCUGAACCAAGUCUGUGCCACCCACCAGCACUUCGAGAGCAGGAUGAGCAAGUGUUCCCGAUUCCUCAACGACACCACCCUGCCUCACAGCUGCUUCAGAAUCCAGCAUUACGCUGGCAAGGUGCUGUACCAGGUGGAAGGAUUUGUUGACAAGAACAAUGACCUCCUGUACCGAGACCUGUCCCAAGCCAUGUGGAAGGCCGGCCAUGCCCUCAUCAAAUCUCUGUUCCCUGAAGGGAACCCUGUGAAAGUCAACCUGAAAAGACCUCCUACAGCAGGGUCACAGUUCAAGGCAUCCGUGGCCACUUUGAUGAAAAACCUGCAGACCAAGAAUCCAAACUACAUCAGGUGCAUCAAGCCGAAUGACAAAAAGGCUGCACACAUUUUCAAUGAGAGUCUGGUAUGCCAUCAGAUCAGGUACCUGGGUCUUCUGGAGAAUGUCCGCGUGAGGCGUGCAGGCUACGCCUUCCGCCAGGCCUAUGAACCUUGCCUGGAAAGAUACAAGAUGCUUUGCAAACAGACAUGGCCUCACUGGAAAGGGCCAGCAAGGUCUGGUGUGGAGAUUCUGUUUAAUGAGCUAGAGAUCCCUACAGAAGAAUACUCCUUUGGUAGAUCCAAGAUAUUCAUCCGAAACCCAAGAACAUUAUUCCAAUUGGAAGACCUAAGGAAGCAGCGGCUAGAGGACCUGGCCACUCUCAUUCAAAAAAUUUAUCGGGGAUGGAAAUGUCGUACCCAUUUUCUGCUCAUGAAAAAAAGCCAAGUUGUGAUUGCUGCCUGGUGCAGGAGAUACGCGCAACAGAAGCGGUACCAGCAGAUAAAGAGCUCAACCCUGGUAGUUCAGUCUUACAUCCGGGGCUGGAAGGCGCGAAGGGAGCUGAGACGGCUGAAGGAGGAGGCUAGGAAUAAACAUGCUAUUGCAGUUAUUUGGGCUUUCUGGCUUGGAUCGAAGGCUCGAAGGGAAUUGAAACGCUUGAAGGAGGAGGCUAGGCGUAAGCAUGCAGUUGCUGUCAUUUGGGCUUACUGGCUUGGACUGAAGGUACGCCGGGAAUACAGGAAGUUCUUUAGAGCGAAUGCUGGAAAGAAAAUCUAUGAGUUUACACUUCAAAGAAUUGUGCAAAAAUACUUCUUGGAAAUGAAAAAUAAGAUGCCUUCCUUGUCACCAAUAGACAAAAAUUGGCCAUCAAGACCUUACCUGUUCUUGGACUCGACUCACAAGGAGCUGAAAAGGAUCUUCCACUUGUGGAGGUGUAAAAAAUACAGGGACCAGUUCACAGACCAGCAGAAACUCAUUUAUGAGGAGAAGCUAGAGGCCAGUGAACUCUUCAAAGACAAGAAAGCUUUGUAUCCUUCUAGUGUUGGGCAACCUUUCCAAGGAGCUUACCUGGAAAUCAACAAGAACCCAAAGUAUAAGAAACUCAAAGACGCCAUUGAAGAGAAGAUCAUUAUCGCUGAAGUUGUGAACAAAAUUAACCGUGCUAAUGGGAAGAGUACAUCCCGGAUUUUCCUCUUGACAAACAAUAACCUUCUCCUCGCUGACCAAAAGUCCGGGCAGAUCAAGUCCGAGGUGCCCCUGGUGGAUGUGACCAAGGUCUCCAUGAGUUCGCAAAACGAUGGCUUCUUUGCAGUCCACCUCAAGGAGGGCUCAGAAGCAGCUAGUAAAGGAGACUUUCUCUUCAGCAGUGAUCACCUCAUUGAAAUGGCCACCAAGCUUUAUCGCACGACUCUCAGCCAAACCAAUCAGAAGCUCAACAUUGAGAUCUCCGAUGAGUUCCUGGUGCAGUUCAGACAAGACAAAGUGUGUGUGAAGUUUAUUCAAGGCAACCAGAAAAAUGGGAGCGUGCCAACCUGCAAACGAAAGAACAACCGGCUCCUGGAAGUUGCCGUCCCUUAAGUGACGCCUCCUCUCUGCCCUCAUGGACUUGUUUCUUCAUACUAGUGCAAUUUGAUUUUGUUUUAUUUGGGGCUCGCCGUAUGUUUGGGAAUUGCCAAAGGCUAGCGGUUAGAGUCCUUUGGCGAAAUUGAAAGUAUUUGACUAAUCAGUUUUAAUUAUUGGAGUAGUUAACCCUGACGUCCACAAUCUGUCCUGCGCAGAAUUCUAGAAAUUAACAGUGUCUGUUUCCAUGUCUUAUGUGUUUUCUCCUCAGUUACCAUUUUAGACUUGUGUACCGUAAACCCACAUAUUACCCAUAAAUCAUUAGUACAUGUAAGCAUAGGAGGGGCUUACAUUCAUUUAUCGGAUAUUUAUUGAAUGCCUACUUUUUGCUGGGCACUGUGCUGAACUUACUAAGAACCUUUUUAUUUGAAAGCUGUUGCCUUCUGGCUGAUUUGUGCUGGCAAAACAGAAGCUAAGAAGGUGGUAGAGAUCGAGGCCAAAAGAUACUGCUAAUGAUGAGAGCCCAGUGGUGUGAUGUAAACAGUGCACACAUUGAGAAGCUGUGGGCUUGGGAGGUUUGGGGAUAGAUGACUGGGUGAAAUUCCUCUACAUUUUUUUUUUCUUACCUAUUUGAAAAAGAGAAAACUGACAUUUAGACAUGCACAUUUAUUUGCUCAGAUCCCCUGUCAUUAUCUUCUGUUAGAAAACGGAAGUUACUCUCACUUUAGGGAAAGUGACUGAAGCAGGGUAGCACAAUGCUUCGUUGCGGUUCCAGAGAAGCAUGAGAUGGACCCUAGAUGCCCACAGUGCUUUCACCCGGAGUCAGUAGCCAUCGAAAUGGCAAGUAAGAAAAGGCCAAGAGCCGUUCAGAGUGGCCGAUCUUCUCUUUGAUGUGCAAUAAAACAUCCAAGGCGCCUUUGAAAGUUUUAUUUAUAAUAUACUUUUUUUUGUAUGAGAGAGGUGAUUGAUUGGUACAGGGUGUGUAUUUUAGUGAAAGAUCAAAGUUAAGAUAGAAUUAGUUUUCAGGGCUUCUUGGGUUUUUGUUUUUGUUUUGUUUUUUGUUUUCUUUAAAAUUAAGAAUUUUAAAGAAAUUGGAAACCACAUUUUAAACUAUGGAAUUAAAUUGUUUCUUAUUUGGGAGGAUAAUGUAUAUACAUUGGGAUUCUGAUAAAUAAUAAAAUUGUUCUAAUUUGGUGCCAUUUGCUGAAUCACAACUGUAUUUUUGUAUCUCGAGCUAUUUUCAUAUGUUACAUGUCUAAUGUGUCACAGAAAGGUUUUCCAUCCAGACAUUACAUGGUCUCUGUGUUAACGGCUUUCCACUAAUCUUUUUGUACCAGUAUCAGCCAAUGAAAAUAUUCCCUGGGGAUUUUCUUUUGAUUUUUGUACUUAAAAAAAAAGUUCUGAUAAAGAGAUUCUCGAA